AUGGGUCAGAGUCUUUCGGAUGAGCAUCCGCAACGGCGGUCGCAUGAAGAGCUAACCCAUCAACUUGCUGAGAAGUUUAAAAAGAAAUGUUUCACUUCUCUUGAAUUAUACUCACUUCGAGAUGUCUUCAAGAGCCUUGCGGAUCAACAGGAUUCUAUCAGGUAUCUCAAAGAGGAUACUAUCGCCAGAUACCUAGAGAUACCAGACAUACUCGGCACAUCGCCAGUCAUUUUCCAAAUGCUAUCUUUCAUCGGCGCAUUCCCCUUUCUGCAGGAAGCGCCUGUCGUCCUGGAACUACAACGCAUGAUUAUGGUGGUCGUCAUCAUGACUGAACGCUACAAGACCGUGUUGGCGCGGGGCUCUUCGGAUAGGACCAAGCUAUUAUUCAAGAGCCUGGCCGUCUUUGAUCGUAAGAUGUCCGAAGCCGGAGCCCUUCCGGACACUUCACACAUUGAAUCUCCCACAUCCAAAGAUCUCGGGGAGACGAAGUCCAAUGCUGCUGGCUUUGCGGUGGACCAAGCAGGCGACGAUGAAGAAGAAGACGAAGACGAUGAUCUUGUUUUAACAGCCUUUGAACUGCUUGAUGUCAAAGAAGCCGUGGACCAAGGACAUGCACCAAUUUUCCAUGGUGCGACAAUCCCGACCGACAACUUUCGAAAACUCAUUAUGCUUCUCCUGUUGGCAGCUCCUUUGGAUCCCCAAGAGAGCCUGUCAAUGUACUCGAGCCGAGUGGUAGGCGAAGAACUGGAGGGCCUCCGUGGAGCUGCCGAAUGCAUUCUUGCCUCCUUCGUCAACGCUGAAACUUCUACUGGUAUCAAGUAUAACCACUUCAAAACCAUCAUACCUGUCAUUUGCCCUAAUCUUUUCCGCGGUUUCAAUGGUCUCUUUGAGCGUUUCCUUUUCUCCCAAAACCUAGACUUUUCUAAACACCAAAAUGAUACCCCAGCAACUACUUCGCCGUCAAAAGUGGCACAGCCUCUAUUGACCGACACGGGCGAUAUACUGAAUCAAAAUACGUUGUCUCAGAUGUCACUUUUCCUUCCCGGUACCGAUCUUUUCCGGCGGGUGAGGCUACUGUACUCGGGGAAUGAUGCAGGCUUCUCGAUGGGAAGUUUUCAAACAAAGGUCUUCAACUGGCAAGCCCCUACGUUAUUGCUAGUAAGUGGAACAAGAUUGGGAGAUCAACCUGAUGGUGGCCAAGAAACAAACUUCGCGGCAUCACUGCCACCAAAACGGUUUCCUCACGGGAGCAAGUCAGAAAGACUUACCUUUGGCGUCUAUGUUCAAGAGCCCUGGAAGCACACUCAUCGUGAAUGCUUUGGCGGUUCAGAGACAACCCUUUUCCAGCUGGAACCAAUCCACGAUGUCUUCCCAGCGUCAACCAUCAAUAAGGACUAUGUUACGUUUACAAAGGCACCGGCCCACCAUCCUAUGAUGUCUUUUGGGUGUCCCCAUCCGCACCCGUCUCAAGCUCAUCGAAAGGCCGAUAUGCUCCGCCUUGGACCCGUGUCGUUGUUACUUGACGACUCAUUUGAAUUCGCAGUAUUCAACCAUGAUUACACCUCUCGUGGCGGCGCAUUCCACUCAAGUGUAGUGAGAAAGUACGAUUUCCAGGAUCGAUUCCAGAUCGAAAGUCUCGAAGUAUGGGGAUGCGGUGGCGAUAAAGAAGCACAGGCGCAAGCCGAUAAAUGGGCCUGGGAAGAACGAGAAGCUGAAGCUCGUCGCAAGAUCAAUCUGGGAAACGGAGAUAUAGAAGCAGAUCGAGCAUUAUUGGAGAUGGCGGGGUUGAUCGGAGGGAACAGAAGCGGAGGAUCUAUGACAUAG